CCUCUCUUCUUUCAUCCCAUCACCUCCACGAACGACAUCUAACUCUUUCAGUCUCUACUCUAUAUUGACGACCCCUACAAGUUAGCUGGGACUCUGUGCAGUUGGUGGUCGAUGUGGAAGUGGCGGUCGCUCCGGGCCCUAGGCAGAGAAUCACACACCACAUGCCACACAGUAGUUACAGUCGUGACACUACGAAGAAAUCGUUUACCUCCAUUCGCUAGCCUCCUAUUCCAUUGCUCCAUCUUGUUGCAUAUCGUUCCCCUUUACCUCCAUCAUUGGCCUGCAUCUACCUCACAACUUACUCUCUUGAGUCUUAAUACUACAAGGUAGCUACAUAAGAUAUACAGGGGAAUUGUCAUCAUCCUACUAGCUGCAUACGACUUCGUGAGUGCCUC